AGGAAGCUUGGAGAACAUAUCGGAACAGAGAGGGGGAUGAGAGACGAAAAUUGGAAAAAGCUAUUGCUGCAGCUACUGUAGCUGCGCUGGGAAAGCAGGACAACUCCCUUCGUGGGAGGGGUCAGGGAAUUGGAAGGAGGGGAGGCUCACGCCAGCCCCUAAGAUCAGAUCAAUCUGCUUAUUGUAAAGAAAUAGGCCAUUGGAAAGGACAAUGUCCUAAGCUGAGUGAAGCACAAGCUGUCGUAGCCAAUGUUACCUCUGGUCAAUGAGGGGGACCGGGGGAAUCCACCCUAGCGGAUCCACUGGUUAAAGUUAAGCUAGGGAAAAUAGAACAAGAGGUGGAUUUUCUUGUAGAUACGGGAGCAUCCUAUUCAGUGUUAAAUCAAAGGUUGAUAACGGAGGAUGAAGAGUUUGUGACUGUAGUGGGAGCAACUGGCCAGCAGAAAAAGGCUUUUUUCCUAAAACCACUUAAAUAUAAAUUGGGUAAAUAAAUAGGAAUACAUAAAUUUCUGUAUUUGCCUGAAUCUCCAAAAUCCUUGUUAGGCCGCGAUUUGCUAGAACAAUUGGAAGCAGAAAUUGUUUUUGAAAAAGGAAAAAUGGAAUUAAAAAUCAAGGAAGACCAGCUAAUUAACAUUUUAAGCUUGGCAUUAAUACAAGCUGAACCAAAAUUUGAAGUACCUCCAGAAAUUGUUGAUCAAGUAUAUCCUGGAGUCUGGGCCUCUGAGGUUCCAGGAAAAGCUAAAAAUGCAGCCCCUAUAGUAAUUAAACUGAGACCAGGAGAAGAACCUGUCAAAGUUAAGCAAUAUCCCCUGAAAUUAGAUGAUAGGAAGGGGAUCAAGGAAAUAAUUGACAAGUUUCUACAAUAUGGAAUAUUGAUUGAGUGUGAAUCAGAAUAUAAUACACCUAUACUACCAAUUAAAAAGGCAGAUGGGAAAAGCUAUAGGUUGGUCCAAGAUCUGAGAGCCAUAAAUAAGAUUACUGAAGAUAUACAUCCAGUAGUCGCAAAUCCAUAUACUUUAUUAACAAAACUAAAAGAUAACCAAGUUUGGUUUACCGUGCUGGAUUUGAAGGAUGCCUUCUUCUGCCUGACCUUGGCCACAGAAAGUCAGAAUUUGUUUGCUUUUGAAUGGGAGAAUCCUGAGUCCGGAAGAACUCAGCUAACAUGGACAGUAUUACCUCAAGGCUUUAAGAAUAGCCCCACUAUCUUUGGAAAUCAAUUAGCAAAAGAGCUUGAAACUUGAGUAUCUCCAGACAAUGAAGGAAUCUUGUUACAAUAUGUGGAUGAUCUCUUAAUAGCUACUGAAACCAGGGAAAGCUGUAUUCGAUGGACUGUGAAUCUUCUUAAUUUUUUGGGUUUAAGUGGAUAUUGAGUCUCUCAACAGAAAGCCCAGCUGGUUCGACAGCGUGUGACCUACCUGGGACUUGAAAUCUCAGGAGGACAACGGGAGCUCAGGACCGAGCGAAAAGAAGCCAUUUGCCGAACCCCGGAGCCCCAAACGGUAAAAGAGCUGCGGACCUUUCUGGGAAUGACAGGUUGGUGUCGCCUUUGGAUAUAUAAUUACGGAUUAUUGGUAAAGCCAUUAUAUGAAUUGAUAAAGAGAGACCAGUCAAAAGUAACUUGGACUGGAGAAGCACGAAACGCAUUUAGGCAGCUCAAACGAAAAUUAAUGAGAGCUCCUGCUCUGGGACUGCCGGAUGUUUCAAAACCGUUUUGGCUGUUUUCUCAUGAGAGACAAGGAAUAGCCUUGGGAGUACUAGCACAAAGACUUGGUCCCUAUAAACAAGCAGUAGCUUAUUUCUCCAAACAACUGGACGAGGUAAGCAAAGGAUGGCCUGGCUGCCUUCGAGCUGUUGCAGCAGUUGUUAUCAAUAUUCAAGAAGCCCGAAAGUUUACCAUGGGACAGAAAAUAACGGUGUUAGUCUCCCAUACAGUUUCAGUGGUUUUGGAACAAAAAGGAAGCCAUUGGCUCUCGCCCCAGAGAUUCUUAAAGUACCAAGCAGUGUUAGUAGAACAAGAUGAUGUAGAAAUUGUAGUUACUAACAUUGUCAAUCCAGCCUCUUUUCUUAGUGGAACUUUGGAUGAACCAGUGACACAUGACUGCAUAGAAACAGUAGAAGCUAUAUAUUCCAGUCGACCAGACCUCAAAGAAGAACCUCUGGAGGAUGCUGAAAACUCCUGGUAUACCGACAGGAGUAGUUUUAUAAAACAGGGACAACGUAAAGCAGGAUAUGCAAUCACAACCACCCAAUAGAUUUUUUCAGGACUACCUCUGGAGGAGAAAUGGGACGGACCCUAUCAAGUGUUGCUGACGACCUUCACUGCCAUUAAGAUCAAGGAACAGCUGGCCUGAAUUCACUAUUCAAGAGUAAAGAGAGCACCUGAGAGGCCAUGGACAGUCAUCCCUACAGGACCCACGGGUCUGCGAUUCUCCAGAUCAUGAUGGUAACAGAGUUAUUACUCGGUUCAAAUGAAGCUCGAUGCAACUUGAACUCACAUUUUUCCUUGACGCAAAAUGUUUCCCAAAUCCUGAACAGAACUGACUGUUGGAUAUGUACUCACAUGCCAGAACAUGGGGGAAAAGGAAUCUCGCUAAUUGGUAUUCCGAUACCAAGAAAUCGCUCCCGGACCGAUCUUUGGGAAAGUACCACAUGGUAUACUGACAAUGACAAAGUCUGGAAGUUAGAAAUAACUAGUCCUGAGGCCCAGGAGCCUUAUUGUACGUGUGUACAGAGAUGUAAUCCACCUAGAGGACUUGGAAAAAUUGACUGUGUUAAUGGGACGUAUGUGGGGAAUCAUACAGUUAGUAACAAAACUAUAGAUAUUGGAACUUCAACUUCUGUUAAUACUACAGCAUGGCCAGUGCUGGAAGGAAAAGGAUGGUACUGGCUAUGCAAUGACACUGCCCGGAAAGUUUUACCAAAGAAUUGGAUGGGAACAUGUACUUUGGGAGCAGUGGUUCUGAAUAUGACUAUACACAGUUCUCCACCAAAAGGAUGGGUACGAACACACUUUCGAAAGAUUAGACAAGAUGUUGAGAAUCCUUUAGUAAGGAGGCCUACUGCCUUUCAUAGUUUUGUCCGAUGGUUUCUUCCAUGGUUGGGAGUGAGUGAGUUAGAAAAAGCCAUACUUAACAUUUUGGCAGUAAUAGAAAACCUUGAGAAUAGAACAAUUGAUGCAAUAAGAGCCCAACAAUUAGAAAUAUCCAGUUUAUCUCAAAUUGUACUACAAAAUAGAAUGGCAUUAGAUCUAUUACUGACCUCUCAGGGGGGAGUAUGCACAGUUAUAAAUACGAGUUGUUGCAUGUAUAUAGAUCAAAGUGGAAGAAUCUCUACCGACUUAGAAGAAAUUUGGAAACAGACCAAAAUACUACAUGAGAUAACAAAGGAUGACCUCUCAUGGGGAUUUAAAGAAUUGUGGGACAAACUAACAUCCUGGCUGCCAAAUUUUGGGUGGCUAAAGCAAAUUUUUAUUAUGGUUAUAAUUUUAAUGACUUUAGGAAUGAUGGUCUGCAUUAUGCUUAAGUGUUUUGUGUGGUGUUGUCAGGGCACGGUAGAAAAUUACGAAAGUUGGAAACAAAAUAAAAUCAGACAUCAAGUAGAAACCGGAAAAUAUUUUACAUGGUCUCUCGGAAGUAGUGGAAUCCUACAGUUGCAAAAGAAUUUGCAAAGGUUUAAAGAAAAGGGGCGAUUGAUAUAGAGAACGAACUGUUAAUUGCUUAAUGAUUGUCUCCCUGUAACUUUACAUACCAAGGACUGGUGUUUGUCAAGGAUUAAGCCUGUCAGAGACUGGUACUUGGGAGUGAUGAGCAAAAAGGAACCAUGAGCGAUCACAAAACUUAAUUAAAUGUUUGAUGAAUUUACGAUCUUGUUGAGAAGGCACAAGCAGAGGCCUUGCUUGAAUAGAUAGGGCCGGAAAAGAUAAGAACUCCUGCCUUUGUUCUCGUCCUUGUAGAUAAUUUAGCUUAAACUAGCCAUAUGGUUCUACACCACUAAUGAAAACUUAGAUAAUAAGAGCACUAACAAGCAUUGAUGUAUCAAAACAUGUAAAGGACCAUACUGCGCAGAAUCACCUGAGGAGGGUCAAAUAGCGGACAAGUGAGGAAGACUAUGGAAGACCACCA